AUGAAUGAAUCAGGCAGCACAGCCAUGGCAGGGGUGGACAUCAGCAGUAACACAGGUAAGAGUCACAUGGAUUGGGAUUUAAAUAUAUUGUAUAUGAUUCUGGCAUUUAUUAACAUCAUAAAGCCAAUACUCUAAUUUUACUAAAGUAUUACAUCUAUCUAUUUUUUAUAACAUAUUUGUAUGUAUAAAUAUAUAUAUAUAUAUAUAUAUAUAUGUAUAUAUAUAGUCAUAUAUUUUAUUUAAGAAUAUAAUUUCAUUUAGUUUUGAUACAUUUUGUUCUGGAAAGCAUACUGUAAUUUGUGAUGUGAUACAAGUCUAUGUGCAUAUGAUCUUGAAAUGGAUUUUUGCAAGGCAAGUGUGUACUUGUAAAAGAUUCAGUUUUUGGUCACAUGUAUUAUUAAAAAUGUAUUUUUAAUUUUUAUUUUAUUCUGUUUUAUAUUUUAAAUGGCUUGUAAUUGGAAUCCUGGUGACAGGUAGGGCAAUAAAAAUAGUUUAAUUCCAAAGCUCAGCAGAAGUCUGCAAAUUUUCAUGGGUACAGAUUGAUUUUAUAGGGUGCAGAUUGAAUUUAAUAGGGUGCAGAUUGACUUUCAUGGGUGUAGAUUUCACCUGCUCUAAUGUUUCGAGUGUGCGAGUCCAGAUUCUUGGUAUAGAGCCUGUUUAGGGUUUUAUGAUCUGUGAUAUGGCAAACAUAACAUGAUCAUUUCGUAAACACUUCUUAGAAAGUGACACUCUUGGAAGUAGUUAAUCAGAUGGUCAAUGACCCCAGGGCCAAAUACUGCUGUCACCACAUACACUACAGUCAGCUAAGUUUGUCUGUGUCCAUACAUGGGUCAUAGGGAGGCAUUCGUCACUUCUUCAGCAAGUGUAAAAUCUGUAGACCCUCAUGUUCAGGUCUAUUAAAUGUAUUUAUACAUUUGUGAUUUUUAGGCGUAUUUGUAAAUUGGACUUAGUGCUUUUUAUCUAUAUGCAGGGUCAGUGACCUGUAUAGUGCUGUGCAUUGGAGCUUACAAUCUAAUCAAGAUAUUUAAAAGUUUUAUAAUAAAUGUCUCUAUGUAUACAUUUAGGGAUGUGUAUAAUAUAUACACACAGAUAUUUUGUUAUUCUGCUGAAGAGAGUGUCAAUCAGCUGUUAGUGGGAGGGAAUCCUGGCCUGCAGAGCUUGCAGUCACAUGGAAUGAGUAAAGUAGGUCACCAAGGCUGUGUGUGAGCUGUAUGUAUCCUCCCUCCUCACGUGUUGUCCCUUCCUAGCCAUGUGCCUGGUGUUUUCAUUCCUGCUAUUUCUACCCACGCUGCCAUUGGGCAGUUCCAAUUUGGUCUCUUCCCUCUAUUGAUGUCAUUGCUAUUCAGAACACUCCCACUGCCCGCUGGUGUCAACCCAAUGUCCCUUUUAACCUCUUUCGUGCUGAAAGCACUUGCAAUGUACGCCAAGUCCUGUUACCUAUGAAGAAUUAUGUUGAAUAAUUGAAGGGAAUUAGGCCAGGGUGCCAUGGAAAGGAUGUCAGAUAUUGUAAGCGGGUACAUUUUACUGAAAUUCAGCAAUCCUGAGAGAUGGGGAAAGAAGAUACCCCAAUAAGAUAUUGCUUCGCCUGUGCGAUUUGAAAUUUAUUAUUUAAAGGGCAUAUUUCUUAAUAACUUAUUAUAAGCGUGUCAUCUAGGGCUUAAAGUUUGUGUGAGCGGAGCAGCGUAACUCCCUAUAAAGUGAGUAAUUCAAGCCACCGUGGUCGUGAAAUGGUUAAAGGGCAUGUUGGCACAACUUUUAAAGGGAGGCGGGCGAGACACUUGAAGGGGGCAUGGCUGAUAGGCCACAGGCAAGGCUCGGGGCGUGUCCCACCAGUCCUCGUGCAUUGGGAACACGUGGAGUGUGAGCGUGGAGUGUGUGCGUGAGGCUAGUGUAACCUGAGGUCAAAUAGCUCUCAGUACAUAUGGUAGCUCCAGAGAACAGGUUUAUAUAAAGACUUUAGUAAGACAAGAUAGGGUGACUGGCAAAACCUAGGAUGCGGACGAAAGAUCGAAGGACAGGUGACGUUAGCGAAAAUAGUAGCCAGAGGAUUAGGAGCUGGGGGAUAGCGAAAGAUUAGAUAAGAGAAGUGGGUUGAGAAGAACACGUAUUAGGAGAGAAAAUGAAAGCGAUAAGGGCAGCUGUAAUGACUUUUCAUACCUAAGAGGAUCAAGAUUAUAUAUAAUUUAAAGCGUUAGAGAUCGGAGAAAAAGCUAUUGGUAACUGAUAUUUAAAGUCCUAGAAGAGGCUCGGAAGUGGACAUGAGCGGGGCAUGGAGACAAGUGUAUAAAGCAGGGAUCCCCAAAAGGUAGAUCUCCAGAUGUAUUAAAACUACAAUUCCCAUGAUGCUUUGUCAUUCCAAAGGCAUGCAAAUCAUCAUGAGAGUUGUAGUUCUACAACAUUGGGGGAUCUCCCUUUUGGGCACCCCAUGUUCUAUAAAGGAACAUCAAAAAUAUAAUUGGAAAGAAGGGCUGCAUUAAUCAAAUUGGUUAUGACCAGGUUAACAAAAUACUAGAAAUCUGACUGUUGCAGAACUCCCAACUCCAAUGAUGCUUGCAAGCUUUGAUGCUAGCAAGGCAUAAUGGGAGUUGGAGUUCUACAGCUGGAGUGACACCUUUUUUUUUUUGGUCAUCUUUGGCCUACAGUCUAGAAUCCGUAAAUCUGUUGGGAUUAUGUGUGCUGACAUUAUCUUUAAUGACAGCAGGGUAAAUAACUGUAUCAUAUAACAGUCCCAUUGCAUGGUUGAACUGUGGAUUAUUUUUUUUGCACAUUUUGAACUGUGCUGGAUAAAAUAUGACCGUUCAGUUCGGUGCUUUUUUUGAAGGGAAGAAUAGGAAACAUCCCUUUCAGUGCCUCAAAGGGCUGAGCAAUGUGAGAAUGUGAAAGCCUCCCUAAAAAUAUCAAUUCUUCUCUCCUUCUAUUUCUGGCUUAAAAUAGUUUCUAUAGACGUGACAGGCGGGGUGGGGUGGAGGGGGGGCCAGACUGCGGCAGAGCAGGAGGGAGGAUUCAGCUAGUGAGAUCACUUAUUGAAUUGGGAAUCUGCACCAGAUCUGCUGCCUUUACUUUAUUAUUAUUAUUCUCAUUUAUAUCGCUCCAACAUACCAACAUAUUCCGGAGAGCUUUACAAUAAUGCAUUGGGGAUAAAUAAAACAAGGGUUGACAUUCAAAGCAAUGUUGCCAGAGACAAGAUUUGAAGAGUGUCCUGCUCUUAUGAGCUCACAAUCUAAGGAUCUAUUUAUGGGAAUAAAAUCAUGCUUAAUUCUUCUCACAUAGACUACGCAUGAAAAUUGAUUGCAUGUCAUGUAUGUUCUAAAUCUAUGCUACGUCCAUAUGCCUGUCCAUCUAUACCCAUAUACAACGUUGCAUUUAAUAUUACAUUUUGCUGGGCAUUUGGAGAGUUAAUAAUUCACCCGAUGGCCCUGAUCACCGUGUGGCAAGCGGGAGGGGGGUAGCGGGGGUUCCCUUGCUGUCUUGUGCGUUUUACAUUUCCCAGAAUGCUGUGCAGCUGUGUCUGCAGUGCAGAGUCCCAGACAGGCCCUGCCCCUUGUCAGACAUUAACUGCUUAUUUACCUCCUUACCAAGAAGCUUACUUCUUAGCGUGACUGUUUCCAUUUUAUGCUAAAUUAAUUAGCAUUUUGUUACAGAUAUUUUCCCUAGAGGACAUCGCUUUUCACUAUAUGCCCAGCGUUCACUGUCAUUGAUAUUCACUAUCACGUAUGCUUUUUAUAAAGGCAUACUGCAGUAUGAAAACGCUAAUACAGACUCAGACCAUAAUAGUGAGACUCUAUAUGAACAAUCAGGAUAAUAUAAGAAGUAUAGUUGUUGCAGAUGUUGAUUUAGUAUUUAAUAUGCACUACUGAUCAGUAAAGUAAAUUUCUAAUGUUGUUGUUGUUUUUUUUUUUUUUUUCUUCUCUCUCCCUCCAGGGGGCGUCAUAAGUUAUGUGGGCUCCAGUGGUUCCUCUCCCAGUCGGACCAGUCCAGUAUCUCUGUACAGCGAUUGUUCCAAUGGCAGCCCUCAAAGUGGUGCCUCUCACUACCCCUCUUACCUGCCGCCCUCACCCUCGCAUUCCUACAGUGCCAGCUCCUCUGGGUCAGGUGGAGAGACCUCUCCUCGUCCAUCCUACGGUCUGGCCGCUUCACCGGGUGGGCUUCAUGUUGCAUUGGAUGAUGGCAGCAGAGUGUCCCCAAGUAAAACCUCAAGCAGCAUUACCAGUAAGUGUUUAAAGGUUUACGGCCAUUUUGUUAUUGUAAGAAUAACUGUAAUAAUUGUAUUGAUAUUGUAGGUAUUAUAAUAAUGUUUAUACAUUUUAUCUCUCUCUCUCAGAGCUAAAUGGCAUGGUUUUACUAUGUAAAGUCUGUGGCGAUGUAGCCUCUGGUUUCCACUACGGUGUACAUGCCUGUGAGGGCUGCAAGGUGAGUUCCUUAUUAAGUCGCGGUGAGAAGUUUGGUCAUAUAAUGACAGUUGUCUAGUUCAGUAAUGAGCCUCUGUGAGUGGUUGUUUGAGCGAUGAUAGUCAGCAACUAGCUCAGUCCAGUGACCGUUCGCUAGUGGUUAGGUGAAACGCCAUUGUAUUCAAAUGCAAGGGCAGCAUCUAUGCUCCAAAAUAACUUCAUCAAGAUGAAGUUUAUUUUGGUGUUUAGACUGUCUCUUUAACUCAUGAUAGUCAGGCCCAAUUAUGAUAUUCUGUGAGUGGUUAGGUUAAUUGCUGUUAGUCUUUGAAUAGUUUGAUCCAGUGACGAUAUAUUCUGUCUGUGGUUAGAUUCAGUGAUGGUGGUCUGUGAGUGAUUAGGUAAAGUGGUGAUGGUGUGUGUAAGUGAUUAGGUAAAGUGGUGAUGGUGUGUGUGAGUGAUUAGGUAAAGUGGUGAUGGUCUGAGAGUGAUUAGGUAAAGUGGUGAUGGUGUGUGAGUGAUUAGGUAAAGUGAUGGUAAUUGAGGAGUAGAGAUUUCAUUCUGUUUGUUGUUAGGUGUCCUUUGUCUAAGAAGUAAAUACUUAUGACUGUUGUCCCAUUAUUUCCAGGGUUUUUUCCGUCGCAGUAUCCAGCAGAACAUCCAGUACAAGAAAUGCCUGAAAAAUGAGACUUGCUCUAUUGUACGAAUAAACAGGAAUCGCUGUCAGCAGUGCCGUUUCCGGAAGUGUCUGUCUGUAGGCAUGUCUCGAGAUGGUGAGUGUCCUAUUUACAUAACUACAUUAGCCAACCUGUUAUUUUUUCGUGGUAUUUGAUUAUUAACAUAAACCAUGUCUUCUUCCAGCUGUGCGGUUUGGUCGCAUCCCAAAGAGGGAAAAGCAAAGAAUGCUAGCAGAAAUGCACAGCGCAAUGAGCCACAUUGCUGGUGGCCAUUUUGGGAGGCGGAGCCCAGUUCCUCUACAGCCACAGCAGCUUCGGCCAUCCUCUCCUCCUCACAUGGGGCCAGUCUCCUGCCCUUCUCCCCCAUCUCUUCCUGAAGCAUUUCCCCACUAUCCUCAGCAGCUGACACCGCCUCGAUCGCCCAGCCCAGACCACGUUGACGAUGUCAUAGGUCAGGUCACCCAAGCGCACAGACAGAUCUUUGUCUAUGCCCAUGACAAAGUGCAUGCCAAGACAUCAGUAUGGGAUCAACAUCAUGGCAUCCAUUCAUCAUCACAUGACAACAGGGAAACGCAAGGCAAUCGAGACGUACUGCUGGUAAGAGCUCAAACGCAUUAUCUUUUGGUAUUCUACAGAUUGAUCGGUGUGUGUGUGUAUAGCUACAAGACAGUAGAUGGAUAAUUAUGUUGUUUUGCAGUGCAUACAUGAUCAGCUCUAUUGAUUGGUGGUAUAUAAGAUUGAAGUAUGUUUUGAUUUUAACGUUAUUAGAGCAUUAUGAUUGGAAAUAAUUUCAAGACAACUAAACUUGUAUUUUUGUGGUGUCUCCUGUCCAGGCUUGUCCCAUGAAUCCUCUCCCUCGAGGUGGUCCACACCGCUCCGUACAGGAGGUGUGGGAGGACUUCUCCCUCAGUUUCACUCCAGCCGUACGAGAGGUCGUGGAUUUUGCGCGUCACAUUCCUGGGUUUAGAGACCUCACUCAGCAAGACCAAGUCACUCUGCUCAAGGCUGGCACGUUCGAGGUAAACAAAAAGGCUCGUAUUGUUUAAUGUCUAUUUAACUGGACAAUUCAAUAAAGUGGGAAUCCAAAGUAAAUUUCAGAUUUAAGGACCGAGUAGCCAUACUGAGAGGAUAGCUAGCUAACUUGGAGAAUUUUUCCAGUUUGGGUAUUUUGACCUUAAAAUUCAAAAUUCACUUUGAAGUCUCAUUUUCCGUGUAAAAUCUUUUUAUUGAAAGAUUCAUAAAGUAAAUAAGCAUGAGAUAUGAUGACUUAAGUACAAGCAAAAACGGAAUUAUAUAAAUAGUAUGACUAAGUUUGUAAAAUGAGUGCAAGGAAGUUAUUUGAACUUAAUAAAAAUAAGAUUACAUUAAUAAUGUAGAUCUCAAAUUCAAGUGCUCUAAUGUAGAGCGAGAAAAAAAUUGAGGGAGGAAAGGGUGUAGUCUGAUCAAAGAUAAAAGUCUAAUCUUUAGUAUAGUAAAAUAUAAACAAAAUAAAAGUGCCCAUACAAACAUCUGGUGUGAGCCUUUAGAUCAGGCUUCCCCAAACUCUGGCCCUCCGGAUGUUGCUGAACUACAACUCCCAUGGUUCUAUGAAUGAAAUAGGCUGAGAAUCAUGGGAGUUGUAGUUCAGCAACAUCUGGAGGGCCGGAGUUUGGGGAAGCCUGCUUUAGAUUAAUUUCCUAUUUGGGUGUCAGGUUACGGAGAUCGAUUCAGGUUCAAGGGGAGUGUAUAUUGACACAGUUGAGAGCCACUAAAUACAAUAUUGCACUGGGUGAACCAGAGAGGUUCUCUGUGCAGGUAUGCUGAAUUGCAGAAAAGGCUCCUAUCCAAAAAUUCUUUAUGUGAGGACAAUGUCACCAAAUAUGGAGAAAUGUCCACCUGUGAGAGUGGCACCUCCAGCACCUAAAUGUCUAAAAGAUGCUUUGAAUUUCUGGGUGGCAGCAUUAUAAUGGAGCAGGGGUGCCCAAAAUGUAGAUCCCCCAGAUGUUUUAAAACUACUUCUAUGAUGCAUUGUCAUUCUAAAGACAUGCAAAGCAUCAUGGGAGUUUUAGUUCUGCAGUAUCUGGGGAUCUUAUUUUUUGGGCACCCCUGUAAUUGAGGGUGUCCAGAGCGAAGAAGCACCUAAAGUGAUAAAUUGGGGCAUAACCUUGUGACCUUUCCAACUGUAUAAUUUAUAUUAUUAAUGUUCUCCAGUACCUCAUUCUAACAUCUCUUAUCAUGUUCUUCUAUUUCUCUGUUACAGGUCCUAAUGGUACGCUUUGCCUGUUUAUUUGAUGUGAGAGAGCGCUCUUUACGGUUUCUAAGUGGAGCCACAUACUCCUUACCUGAGCUCCAAGCAAUGGGUAUGGGCGAACUUCUCAACUCAAUGUUUGACUUCAGUGAAAAAUUGGCCUCUCUAAACCUGAGCCCAGAGGAGCUGGGGAUCUUUACCGCAUUAGUCCUUGUUUCUGCAGGUGUGUACUUACAAAGGACCAUCUCUGUGUAGGGAGAAGAAUUUGAUCACUUGAUAUAGGUUGUUAAGAGUUUUGCUCUUCAAGGUCGAUCGUUAAUUCUCCUUGCUCACCAUGUAGAUGUUACAGUUUAUUUCUAACAAGUAUCUUAACAAUUCUCCUUUCUGCACUACAGAUCGCACUGGAAUGGAGAAUGCUUCUCUAGUUGAGCAGCUGCAAGAGACUUUGAUUCGGGCCCUGCGUUCUCUUAUCCUGAAGAACACGCCAAACGAUACUUCCCGUUUUACCAAACUCUUAUUGCGCCUUCCAGACCUACGAACCCUGAACAGCUUACACUCUGAAAAGCUGCUCUCAUUUCGCGUUGACACACACUGA